AUGGCCGACAAGUUCAUCCCGGAGCACCGCCGCACUGCGUUCAAGGCAAAGAGCGCCUUCAAGCCAGACGAACUCCGCCGCCGCCGCGAGGAACAGCAAGUCGAGAUCCGCCGGGCAAAGCGCGAGGAGAACCUUGCCAAGCGCCGUGGUAUUGCAGGAAGAGACCAGCCAGGUGCUGCAUUGGGCGCUGCCCCCGACAGCGACGAUGAGGGCGGCAACAUUGAAGGCCAGCUGAACGAAGAGCUCCCCCAGAUGGUCAAGGGCGUCUUCUCGGAGCAGAUUGACGAGCAGAUUCAAGCCACGACCAAGUUCCGCAAGCUGUUGUCCAAGGAGCGCAACCCACCCAUCGAGCGCGUGAUUGAGACGGGCGUCGUCAGCCGGUUUGUUGAGUUCCUGCGCUCGCCACACACGCUCGUCCAGUUCGAGGCGGCAUGGGCACUCACAAACAUCGCCUCUGGAUCAGCGCAGCAGACACAGGUCGUCAUCGAGGCGGGCGCGGUGCCCAUCUUCGUCGAGCUCCUCAGCAGCCACGAGCCCGACGUGCGGGAGCAGGCCGUUUGGGCACUGGGUAACAUCGCCGGUGACAGCCCUGCCUGCCGCGACUUUGUCCUGCAGGCCGGCGCCCUCCGUCCACUGCUGGCCCUGCUUGGUGACAGCCGCAAGCUGAGCAUGCUCAGGAAUGCGACCUGGACCCUGAGCAACUUCUGCCGUGGAAAGACCCCGCAGCCCGACUGGCAGACGAUUCAGCCCGCCCUCCCCGUCCUGGCCAAGCUCGUCUACUCGCUCGACGACGAGGUCCUCAUCGACGCCUGUUGGGCCAUUUCUUACCUGUCCGAUGGCUCCAACGACAAGAUCCAGGCCGUCAUCGAGGCCGGCAUCCCCCGCCGCCUUGUGGAGCUCCUCAUGCAUGCCUCCACCUCUGUCCAGACCCCCGCUCUGCGCUCCGUCGGCAACAUUGUUACGGGCGAUGACGUCCAAACCCAGGUCAUCAUCAACUGCGGCGCACUCCCGGCUCUGCUCUCCCUCUUGAGCUCCACUAAGGAUGGUAUUCGCAAGGAGGCGUGCUGGACCAUCUCCAACAUUACUGCCGGCAACUCUACCCAGAUCCAGGCGGUCAUCGAUGCGAACAUCAUCCCACCGCUGAUUCACCUCCUCCAGAACGGCGACUUCAAGACCAGGAAGGAGGCCUGUUGGGCCAUCUCCAACGCGACCAGUGGAGGUCUUCAGAAGCCAGCCCAGAUCCGCUACUUGGUCCAGCACGGCUGCAUCAAGCCCCUCUGCGACUUGCUUGCGUGCCCUGACAACAAGAUCAUUCAAGUCGCGCUCGACGGUCUGGAGAACAUCCUCAAGGUCGGCGAGAUGGACAAGGAGGCCAACGAAGGCGGUGCUGCUGGCGAGGCUAUCAACCGCUACGCCCUCUUCAUUGAGGAGGUUGGCGGUAUGGAGAAGAUCCACGAGUGCCAGAACAACGCCAAUGAGGAGAUUUACAUGAAGGCCUACAACAUUAUCGAGAAAUACUUCUCCGAUGAGGAGGGUGAGGCGGAAAACAUGGGCGAGGCCGGCCCCCAGGUCAAUCAAGAAGGUCACUUUGGCUUCGGCGCUCCCGCUGCUCAGCAACAACAGCAAAACUUCAACUUUGCCAACGGAGGCGAUUCAAUGGACAUCUGCCUGCCUCGAGCGUUCGCCCCGUCUCGCCCGUCAGCCAUGUGGGACGAUGUGGACAUCAUAGUCCAACACGUAUGA